CUUGUUACAGACACACCCCCUCCAGAACAGCAAGAAUUGGUUGUCAAGAAGCUAGAACAGUGCUGCAUGGUGUUUGACUUUAUGGAUGCUGUAUCUGAGCUCAGAGGCAAAGAAAUCAAAAGAGCAAGUCUCAAUGAGCUAGUUGAUUACAUCACUACUGGGAGGGGAGUCCUCACAGAACCCCUGUAUCCAGAGUGCAUUCAAAUGAUCUCAUGUAAUAUCUUCAGAACAUUGCCGCCCAGUGAAAACUCAGAUUUCGAUCCGGAAGAAGAUGAACCAACACUAGAAGCAUCAUGGCCCCAUUUACAGAUUGUAUACGAAUUCUUCCUGAGAUUUUUAGAGUCGCCAGAAUUCCAACCCAGCAUAGCCAAGAAGUACAUCGAUCAGAAAUUUGUGAUGCAUGGGGACUAUGUUUAA